GUUUUGAUCAGCUGAAGAACAAUGGUUGCUAUGAUAAUAUAAUGAUGCAAUCAUGAAUUUGGGGUCGAGUUCAAAUAAAGUUGUCGGUGAUCUGAAAUCAAUUGAUGAAUAUGAGGAAUACAGACGAAUCGUAGGCGAAGAUGAUGGUGGGAAACUUUUCACACCUGAACAAUAUGAAGCUUACAAGAAAAAGUACAUACCACUGAGACAUCGAAAUAGAAUUUUCGUCUCAUGGACAAACCCAAAUGGAGUGGACUGCAUACUUCCCGGCCCACAAAGUGAAUGUUUUUGCCAACACCGGUAUGAAACUUCCAAAUGGAUUGAGUGUAAUUUGUUUGCUUUUCUGUUAUCACACUUUUGUUCACUGUCUCAUUCGAGCGAAGAAUCAUAAUCUUUUGAGUUCAAACCUGAUAACAUCUACUGCUAAGCAACUAUGUUUGAAGAAAUCAGAGCAAC